AUGAACGCCGCAGCGCAGGGUGACAAGGCACUUGCCGAAUCCAACGCCCCUCUCGCAAUCCAGCACUACACCCGCGCCUUGACCGAGCUACCCCGCGCCCCCGCGUACUACAUCCAUCGAUCUACAGCCUUCUUGCGCCUGAAGCCUGCUGACGGAGGUCCAAACCUUGCAGCAGCUCUCCACGAUGCAGAAGUCGCAGUGACACUUGCCCGUGAGCGGGGGAAGCGCGAGCUGAUCCUGUCAGCUCAAAUGCGACGCGCUAUCGCCCUGUUUCAGUACGGGCGGUACGGUGAUGCUGAAUAUAUCUUCAAACUGAUCGAAGAGAAGACAGCUGGGGAAAACGGGCCACAGUCAAAGUCUGAGGGUGUCCAGGCGGCCAUGGCCGGCGCUGGGAAGAAAAGCGGGAUAUCCGCGGAACUGCCCAUUUGGAUGAUGAAGGUUCGCCGUCGACUGGGUGAGCUGCCCGAGGGUGAUGAGAAAGCUACGGCUACUGUGCAGGAAUAUCCUACUUCGGUACACAUUCCGACGGAGAAAGAACUGAAGGCACAGUGGGAAGCGCUGAAGUCGGGAAAGUCAGCUACGACGGACAAGACAACUGUUGGGGCCGCUGCUUUGGUGAAUCCGGCCUCAUCCGCUGCAAGCAAGGCAACUGAGGAAGCAAAGGAUGUCACAUCAAACAAAGAAAGUGCCCCAGCUCCGCCACAGAAAGUCCGACAUGAAUGGUAUCAGUCACAGGACGCUGUUGUGGUGACUUUGUACGCGAAGGGCGUUGCAAAGGAUAGCCUGCAGACAGAGCUCAACGCCGAUUCGGUAUCGGUCCAAUUUCCGCUUCCAUCUGGUGCUGAAUACGACUUCACACUGGAUCCCCUCUACGCGAGCAUUGACCCCACUGCCUCAAAAGUCACUGUUAUGGGCACAAAGAUCGAGAUCGUUCUCCAGAAACAGUCAGCUGGCCUGAAAUGGAAAACUCUAGAAGGCUCAGUAGAUGAGACGAAGCUCGCAGAGCGCCCUGCCGUGUCGGCAACACCAGCGACCUCGUCCGCCCAAGGUCCUUCAUACCCUAGCUCUUCUCGCACUGGGCCAAAAGACUGGGACAAAUUGGCAGAUACCCUGACAAGCAAGAAAUCAAAGACGAAGAGGGAUAAAACGAAGGAUGCUUCGGAUGACUCUGAUACUGAUUCCAUCGGCUCUGACUACGGCGGUGAUGCUACGAAUGCUUUCUUCAAGAAAUUAUAUGCCGAUGCAGACCCGGAUACCCGCCGUGCAAUGAUGAAAAGCUUUGUCGAGAGUGAGGGCACCUCUCUGAGCACAAACUGGUCCGAGGUGGGAAGCAAGAAGAUGGAAGCUUACCGUUCUGACUGA